GCGCCGGGACAGCUCCCGGCACUGGGGCCCAGAGCGGAGCAGAGCCUCCCCGAGUCCCUUACUCCGCACCCCUGCAAAGCCUCGAAACACCUUCCCCAUCCCGGGGGCAGGGUCCGAGGCGCCGUGCCCUGGUGCCACGAGGAAAUGGGAGUUUGGAUGCUCUUGCCAGGCUGGAGACUGCAUUCCGAAGGGGGUUGCUGAAGCCUAGGAUCUCCAGUGCACAUCUGUUUGGGAGGAGAGAAGGCAGCAGAUAUAGGAAGUUUGGGGAGCGAGAUCCUGUUUUGGCCUAUCUUGGGAUAACAGCCGAAGGCAGUCAGUCUUGACCAAGGCUGACGUGAGCUGAGUUGGCUGUUCUCCGGGCAAGCAAAGAAAGGGAAGUAGCUUCUCGUGGAGAUGGUGUAAAGUUUGCAGAGGAUUGUCCUGAGCUUGCUCUUCGACAUGGCAUAUGACCUUCCGCAGGAUCCAGCUUGGGCCCCUGGACCCUCCCUCACUUCUUUCUCUGACUGGAGCACCCCCAUACAGGAGGACACUUCCUGCCUGGAGAGAAGAGGACUUAGCAAUGGCCAGCUCCUCAUGGUCCUGAGUACUGACAGUACCUGUGAAGCAGCCACUUUUAACAUAGAAGUCUCCCGGGAGAAAUUGCAGACCUGGGGAAUUCAGGUGCCAACCGAAGACUACAAGAGUUUAAUUGAGAACGCCAUCUUUGAUCCCCAAGUGAGAAGAUUCGUGUUCUAUAACUCCAGACAUUUCCAGCUGGCCAUUGCUGUGGUUUUCUACAUAGCAAUGUGGGCUAAUCUGUAUUCCACCAGCCAGAUGUUUUCUUUGGGUGGACACUGGGCAGCUGUGGUUCUUGUGACCCUAGGCACUGUAUUAGCUACAGUCAUUCUCAUUCUCAUCUUUGACAGGCACCAAAGGAAGGCAAACCCGAACACGGACCUACGUCUGGCGGCUGCCAACGAAACCCUGAUGCCAUACCACAUACUCCUGGGAGUGACUGGUGAGGUGGAGGGCUGCCAGGCUGUACUUCAGCUUUGGUUUGUUUACUUCCACUUAGAGAGAUGUCUCCAGUCACUGUCAGACCGUAUCCGAGAACUGAAGACCAGUCAAGAGUCAGUGCUCAGACACUGCCUGAACCAGUUCCAAGUGGUUGUGGAGACAGUGGUGAGCCCUGCCCCAGAAGAGGAAGAAGAGAAUGAGAGGCUGGCUGAGGAAUCUCCUCUGCUGCCCGGUGGUGGGAUGGAACCAAAGAAGGGAGUGGUCACACGGAUGGAGCUUCACCACCUCAUUCCAGAGGCUGCACCAGAGGUGAUGGCCCGGCAGAUGCUGGUAGUCUUUGGUGGAUUAUAUAUCAGGCUCUUGGUGACCAAUCGGCUCCCGGAGACUACUGCAGCAUCAAGGCAUGCAGAGUCACUGCAGGGCCCUUGCCCCUGCCAAUUCAUUGAGACCCACAUCCUCGGGGCUGGGUGCUGCUCCCGCUUGGCGAGGUGAUGGCUACAGAGGCCAGAGAGCUGGUCUGGAAUAAGGACCUGAGGUGUAGGAUCUGUUGCCAAAGAAGGCCCAGCUGCAAGUAGCAGACUGCAGGGGCCAUCGACACCUUUGAAUCUUGUAGCAUAGCACCAUUGGGAUGGAGAAGUCGCCAGCCCAGAUGGCAUUCUCUGCACAUCCACAGAGUCUGUUGAAACAGCUCUUCCAACUGUGAAAUUGAAUGCUGUGCUCCAAGCUUGCAAAUGUUUCUGUCAGGGGUUGUAAGUGGGCCCAGCUUCAAGAUUCAGUCUUUGCUUUGUUUAUUCCUAGGCACUAAAGUGAAGGGCUUUCCUCUGACUUACACACACCUUCUCUGGGUAUCCUGAAGGUGGCCUGUGUGUCCAUGUUGCCCAUAGGAUAGUGCCCAAGCAUGGUAAAGUGGAAAGACUUCUGGAUCUGGGAUCAGAGGACUCGGGUUCUCCCACUUAACUUCUUUUGGGACCUUGGCCAUGUGACUUCAUUUUCUGCUCUGUAGAAUGAGGGGAUUGGGUUAGAUGAACCUGAAGUCCCUUCCAAAUCUGAUCCUUAUGAGCUCCUCAUCCUGGCAUUCAAGGCUCUCUGUAAGAGGGCCAUCAUCUAUUUUUAUAGCCUUCUCUCCCAUUCCUGCUCCCUUAAACAAACAGUGCAUUAGCCAAACUGGUCCUCAAAACACAUCCUGCAUUUUCCUAAUUCGAUACCUUUAUUCAUGCCUUUCUCCCCAUUUGGAAUGCCUCAUGUCUCUCUUCCCUCCCCUCCCCUUUCACUCUCCACUUGGGCACCCAUCAAAAUUCCACCUCUCUUUCAAACUGAAGGGGAAACAUUGCUUUUGACUCAGAUGGGCUGGUUUCAGUUGACUUGAAUGAGUUCUGGGGACUUCCUUUGGAGUGAGAAGAUUGCAAAGGUGAGGUUGCCUGUUUGGGGGAAGGGGCACACAGGGCAAGUCUGGCACAGGAGAAUGAGAGUUGGACUGAUAUCAAGUACCCCACUGCAUUCCAGAGCCAGCUCUACUGCAGUAGACAUAAUGGCCCAUCUUGCCUGCUAUUGUGGAAAAUCAGAUGAAAAAAUGGAUGGGAAAGUGCCCUGAAUACUGGAAAGGACCUUUGGAGUCUUCUCUGUGGGAUGCCUGUUGUCAUUUUUUUUUUUCCUGUAGUCAGGACCAGGGAAGAAAUGUUUCCAGGGCAACAGGGGAGGGGACGUAUUCCCUGUCAGUCAUUAGGCUACAUUGAGAACUCAUUCUGCUGACCUCAUCCUUGGGUUUUGUGUCAAAAAAGAGAGAGAAUUAUUCAUAAAGGUAGCAGCAGCUGCAUUACUGAUGAGUACAGGGUGCAGAGAAAAGGUUGGACCCAGAUGUCACCCACAGAGAUAUAUAUUUCAACUCUACUAUUAGGGACAGAAGACAUAUUAAAUGGCCAAAUGUCCAUUUUUCAAAUUGAAUUUUUCUAUUAAAGUCUCCUAUGAAACCA